AUGAGCUCUUGGCUAGCUAAUCCUUCCAUCAUAAGUCAACAGAGAGUGGUCCACAGAAAUAGAAGUAAGCUUACCAGUUUGGUUUUAGAGGAUGGGUCCCUCACUAAUGUCAUUAAAGUUAUUAAAUCCAGCUUUGUUGAUUUCUACACUGCCCUGCUGGGGACUAUGCACCCUUCUCCCUACCUAGGGCACUCUAGAGUUCACCAAGUAGUUAGAAAGAGAUUAACUGAUAGCCAAAAGUCUGCUAUGAUUUUUGAGGUCUCGGAUCUGGAAAUCAAGGACACCUUUUGGGCUCUCAACCCUUCCAAAGCCCCUGGUCCAUAUGGCUACAAUGUUAGGUUUUUCAAAAAGGAUUGGCCUAUCAUUGGUCAUGAAGUCACUUCAGCUGUUAAGACCUUCUUUAGGUUUGGUAAAUUGCUCAAAAAGGUCAAUUCCACCAUGGUUGCCCUUGUUCCUAAAGUGCCUAACCCAUCAAAGGUUGGGGACUUUAGACCCAUUUCAUGUUGUAAUACUGUUUACAAGUGCAUCUCUAGAAUUCUUGCUGGAAGAUUGCAAGCAGUCCUCCCCAUUUUAAUUGAUCCUGUUCAAUCAGCUUUUGUAAAGGGGAGGACGAUUGCUGACAAUAUUUCCUCACCCAAGAGCUUAUGA